UCACCUUGUUUCCCAAAGAAUUGAAACGUUGUGAACCGGAAACGUGUCGCACUUAAAGCGUUUUGCUUGUGUACAUGCGUAGCGGGAAUCACACAGAUGUUUUGAAACAAGUUAGCCAGCUGAAAACCGACAUGGAGAAUCAAACCCAUGCGAAGAAAGCGUCUGCGCCUUCGGUGUCGCAGAUCAACGCAGAAUAUGUCACACAGUUGGCAAACAGAUACUGGGCACCCCAUGCCAAGAAUAAACUGCCAUUUGACCCAAAGGUCCUGAAGGAUAUUUACGAGAAAGAGAUUCUCAUGUCAAAGUUCGCCAUCAGGAAAAUCAUGUUGCUUGAGUUCAGCCAGUACCUGGAGAACUACCUGUGGGUCAACUAUACUCCGGAGGUGUCCAGUAACGCCUACCUCAUGUCUAUCUGCUGCAUCGUCAACGAGAAGUUCCGAGAGAACGUCCCUGCCUGGGAGGUGUUUAAGAAGGAGCCCCGCCACUUCCCGUACUUUUUCAAGUGCGUGAUGGAGGCGGUGCUGGCUGGAGAAGAGGCUGGCCUGACUCUGAAGGAGCAGACCAUACUGCUGGUCUUCCUGGACCACUGCUUCAACAGCCUGGAGGUGGACCUGAUCAGAGAGCAGGUUCAGCAACUCAUCUCCCUCCCCAUGUGGAUGUGUCUGAUUCCUUCUAGACUGCAGCACGAGCUCAAGAAAGUCCCCAAGCUCCAAAAAUUCUGGAGUCUGAUCAAGAAGAAUUUCGAUAAACUGGAAGGCAAAGCUUCAGAGCAAGCCAAGAUGGAGAGGACAUUUCUCUCUGCACUCAUUAAGAAGUUCCUGGGAGUUCUCGCGUCCAUCCCCCCUGAAGGUCCCGUUGCCAUGGAGAAGUUACACUUUUGUGAGAGGUUCAUCGAGCUCAUGAUUGACCUUGAGGCCCUGCUUCCGACGCGUCGCUGGUUCAACACUGUGCUGGACGACUCCCACCUAGUGGUUAGCUGUCAUCUGUCCAGCCUGGUGCAGAGAGAAAAAGAGGGACACCUCUUCUGCCAGUUACUGGACAUGCUGAAGUUCUACACAGGCUUUGAGAUCAACGACCAGACUGGCAACGCCCUGACAGAGAAGGAGAUGACCACCCUCCACUACGACAGAAUCACCUCCCUCCAGCGGGCAGCCUUUGGCCAUUUCCCAGAGCUGCAGGACUUUGCCUUGUCGAAUGUGGCCGCGGUGGACUCUCGGGAAUCCCUCACCAAACAGUUUGGCCAUCUCAGUCCUAACACUCUCCACCAGGUGGCCUCGUAUCUAUGCCUCCUACCAGAACUGGCUGAGGGACAAGACACCACUUAUGAGAAGGAGGUCCUCCUGGAGCUUCUGGUGUCUCGUCACGAAAGGAGAAUUUCCCAGAUUGAGCAACUUAACCAGAUGCCGCUUUAUCCAACCGAGAAGAUUAUCUGGGAUGAGAACAUCGUCCCAACUGAGUACUAUUCAGGCGAAGGUUGUCUGGCUCUUCCUAAGCUGAACCUGCAGUUCCUGACCCUCCAUGACUACCUGUUAAGAAACUUCAACCUGUUCCGCCUGGAGUCCACCUACGAGAUCAGGCAGGAUGUGGAGGAUGUUGUGGCUCGUAUGAAACCAUGGCAGUCAGAGUACGGGGGUGUGGUGUUUGGGGGCUGGGCCAGGAUGGCUCAGACGAUUACUGCAUUCUCAAUCGUGGAGGUGGCCAAGCCCAACAUCGGGGAGAACUGGCCGGCCCGAGUGCGAGCGGACAUUACCGUCAACCUCAACGUGCGUGAUCACAUCAAGCACGAGUGGGAAGGGCUGCGGAAGCACGACGUUUGCUUUCUCAUCACGGUGCGUCCCAACCUCCCCUACGGCACGCGCUUCGACCGCCGCCAGUCCUUCGUGGAGCAGAUGGGCUUGACCUACGUGAGAGGCUGCGAGGUGCAGGGCAUGCUGGACGACAAGGGCCGCGUCAUCGAGGAAGGCCCUGACCCCAAGCCCAAAAUGAGAGGAGACACCAGGACCUUCCGAGUGUGGCUGGACCCUAACCAGUACCAGCAGGACAUGACUGCCAGCAUCCAGAAUAGCACAGAGGACCCCUACGAGACCUUCAACAUCAUCAUGAGACGCAAACCCAAGGAGAACAACUUCAAGGCUGUCCUGGAGACCAUCAGGAAUCUGAUGAACACAGAGUGUGUGGUCCCGGAAUGGCUCCAUGACAUCAUCCUUGGCUACGGUGACCCAGGCUCCGCCCACUACUCCAAGAUGCCCAAUCAGAUAUCCUCCCUGGACUUCAACGACACCUUCUUAAAUAUCGACCACCUUAGAUCCUGUUUCCCUGGUUACACUGUCAAAGUUACUGUGGACAACCCUGAACUACAGAUACCGCCAUUUAGAAUCAAGUUCCCUGUGCAGAACAAGGCAGACAAAGGCAAGAAGAGGAAGGCUGAUUCUGAGGAAGAGGAGAAAAACAAGGAAGAUAAAACACUUAUAGUGGAGCCUCAUGUCACACCCAACAGAGGGCCCUACCCGUACAACCAACCCAAACGGAAUACCAUCCAGUUUACACCAACUCAGAUAGAGGCCAUCAGAGCUGGGAUGCAGCCUGGACUCACCAUGGUGGUGGGUCCUCCAGGAACCGGUAAGACUGAUGUGGCUGUCCAGAUCAUCUCCAACCUCUACCACAACUUCCCUGAGCAGAGGACCCUGAUAGUCACACACUCCAACCAGGCUCUGAAUCAGCUGUUUGAGAAGAUCAUGGCUCUGGACAUAGACGAGCGCCACCUCCUGCGUAUGGGUCACGGAGAAGAAGCCCUGGAGACGGAGAAAGACUUCAGCCGGUACGGCCGUGUGAAUUACGUGCUGGCCCGGAGGCUGGAGCUGCUCAGGGAGGUGGCCCGUCUGCAGGAGAGUCUGGACGUGCCCGGGGACGUGUCGUACACAUGUGAGACCGCCGGACACUUCUACCUCUACCAGGUCAUGUCUCGCUGGGAGGAGUACACGAGCAAGGUCCGGUCUAAGCAGGGCCGGCCCGUGGCGGCGGAGGCCGUGGCGGCGCACUUCCCCUUCCACAAGUACUUCUCCAACGCCCCGCAGCCCGUGUUUCACGGUCGCUCCUACGAAGAGGACAUGGACAUCGCCGAGGGCUGCUACCGGCACAUUAAGAAGAUCUUCACCCAGCUCGAGGAAUUCCGUGCCUUUGAGCUGCUGAGGAGCGGAUUGGACCGUUCCAAGUACUUGCUGGUGAAGGAGGCUAAGAUAAUUGCCAUGACCUGUACCCACGCUGCUCUCAAACGCCACGACCUGGUGGAGCUGGGCUUCAAGUAUGACAACAUCCUGAUGGAGGAAGCCGCUCAGAUCCUGGAGAUUGAGACCUUCAUCCCUCUUCUUCUGCAGAAUCCCGAGGACGGCUACAGCAGGCUGAAGCGUUGGAUCAUGAUCGGGGACCACCACCAGCUCCCACCUGUCAUUAAGAACAUGGCCUUUCAGAAGUACUCCAACAUGGAGCAGUCCCUGUUCACACGCUUUGUGCGCCUGGGGGUGCCCACCGUCGACCUGGACGCCCAGGGGCGAGCCCGCGCCAGUCUAUGUAACCUGUAUAACUGGCGCUAUAAGCAGCUGGGGAACCUGCCCCACGUACAGCUUCUACCCCAGUUCCAGGCCCCCAACCCUGGCUUGACUUUUGACUUCCAGCUAGUCAACGUGGAGGACUUCAAUGGAGUCGGCGAGUCCGAGCCCAACCCUUACUUCUACCAGAACCUGGGCGAGGCUGAGUACUGCGUGGCGCUGUACAUGUACAUGCGUCUGCUGGGUUACCCGGCCGACAGGAUCAGCAUCCUCACGACCUACAACGGACAGAAGCACCUCAUCAGAGACGUCAUCAACCAGCGGUGUGCGGCCAAUCCCUUCUUCGGACAGCCCAACAAGGUGACAACAGUGGACAGGUUCCAGGGUCAGCAAAAUGACUACAUCAUCCUGUCACUGGUCCGCACCAAAGCUGUGGGCCACCUGAGGGAUGUGAGGCGCUUGGUGGUAGCCAUGUCCCGGUCCAGACUGGGUCUGUACAUCUUCGCUCGGGUCGGCCUGUUUCAGAACUGCUUCGAGCUGACUCCCGCUUUCAACCAGCUCACCGCCAGGCCCCUGCAGCUCCACAUCAGACCCAACGAGUACUACUCACAUGGACUGCUGAGAGAGCCUCGCUCAUCCCAGCCUGACCAGGUGAUCAAGAACAUGCCGGAGAUGGCCAACCUUGUCUACAAUAUGUAUAUGCAUAUGAUCCAGAGCACCCAGCAGUACAGACAGCAACAGCAGAAGCUCCUGCCGCCCCCUCAGCAGACACAGGAGGAGCCGUCGACCCAGGUAGGAGAGGACCACGCCCAGCCCCGGGCGGACGGCCACGAAGAGACCCCCAUGGAGCAGGAGCCCUCAGAGGAUGCCAGCGCUCAGAAGAACCCCACGGAGACUCCAGAAAAGGGCAAAGCGGAGGAGGAGGUGCCUGAGGAGCACCCCAAAAUGCCAGAGCACCCUGGCCGAGAUAGUGACAGUGAUGAAGAGGGUAGCGGAGAGGAGGAAGCCCCUCAAAGCAGCAGCUAGGGGUGAACACGGAAACUGUAUUGCUAUAAUCCGUCCCCGUUGAUGGGUUUGCAACUGGGCUGUCCCUUCGGAAAAGCUUAGUGCUGAAAUGGGGGAUCCUGUUUAAGAAUUUGUUUUCUACUGAAGCCAUGAAGACGACCAAGGAUGUCUUGAGCGUACUGUUUCAUAAAAUGUUCUAAGAGGGUUUGUUUUGUAAUCAGUACUUUUUUUUAGUAAAAUAUUUCUCAAUGUGAAACGCGGUCUGAUCCGUUUUUAAUGCAUACAUGUGCAAACACACACACACCCACACACUGAGUCUUCGAAUUCAAGGCUGGUUAAAAAUGCCCCCGUCACGAUGCUCUCCCAGUCCGUGCGGCGUUUGGCCGCCUCGCCAGACAGCGUCACUGGGACCUGAUUGGCCUGCUCAGUAGCAGCUGGAAGAGCUGGCACUAAGCUGCAUUUAUAGGUCAGUCACCCUGCACAUGAAGCCAUGGGGAGAGGAACUGGUAUUUAACAGGCUCAAUGUUAUCACUCAUAACCGCAAUCCAUCACAUGUACAUUUCUAAGACUAAGAUACUGGUGGUGGACUGAAGUCCUUCCUGACUGCCACUGGUAGGCUCUUUGGUCGAGGUAACUCGGAUAAGCCGCAGCCUGCAGGCUUACAACAUAGAAUGGGAAUUGGGGCAUUACUAUGCUCCAGAGGUUCGCUGGCUGUUACAUCAUUUGACAGGCUGGCCUGUAACCCUCCCCACACACUAUCCCCCCUCCCCGUGUCUGAGAGGUGGUCCACCGCUCCCCGGGGCCAAGCCACAGAGUACAGUCAUGACCAUUCUGCAGAACUAGUGGCCGGAAAUGGUUAUCACAGAGUGCAACAUAUGUCACACAGUUGUAGUGUUGUUGUGGUUUUGUUUAAGAAGUGACGCCAUCAAAGACCUUUUUGACAUUCAAAACAUUUCAUAACGUAAUGCCUUCGAAGUCUCUGGGACAUCAGAGCUGAGGUACUCAUUUGCCUCGAAUAGAUAUCUCUUGUGUCCGUUAUGUCUUUACCCAGGAAUGCAUCCACAGCAGGGUUAGUUCAGUUGUAAUUCAAAUGUCAAACAUUCCCUCAGUGAAAAGCUGCUUGGGUCCUGUUUUCUGUUUCUACCUGGUAGUUAUGUGCCUUCACCUGGUGUCUCGGGUCUCAAUUAGUCUCUGCUUACGACGGGAGGACGGGAAACAGACGUGUUCCCCAGUAAACAUGCCUUCUAAAUCCUUACAUUGUUCCCAUAUUCAACAAAUUGGCUUUAAAACUACAACAAUCAGCCUAUUUUAUUGUGCAACUGGUCUGUGAAUGCACACAUUGUGUAAUAUCCUCCCUCUAGAAAACCAUCUGCAAAUUACAAAAUAUCUUUAUCUCCAGCUGUCCUUCCUGGCAUUAAGUAAAUAAGCGUUAACUGGGAGGAAGAGGCCACUCAUACAUACUUAUUUUAUUGGCUUUGGCAUCUCCAAGUAGGAACUAACUGCGACUGAGGGAUAUACAGCCCACAGGCGAGGACGACAAACGGGACACUCAAACUUUCCACAUCUGAAGGUGAACAUGUCUUUUAUACUCAUUCGACAGAAUAGGAUGGCCAGUUGCGGGUCAUGUUUCUGGAGCAUUGUCUGGCUGGUGAUUUUGCUGAUCAUAGGCUGGCCACUCAGUAUCUUUCUGGGGGGGCUCUACGGCCUGAUCACCCCCCUUACGACCUGUGUGGGCCUAGACCGCCUUUCCGACCUGCUCCUCGAGGGUGCCAACCUGGGAAGGACCUGUGCCCAGAACAUGAGACACGGCAAGGCAGUGUGCUGAUUAAACUGGACCAGGUUCUGCCUGCUGGGUCCCUGAUCAUAACUGUUGCAACAGUUUGAUGUCUCCUUCAUGGGAAAAGUUUUAACUUUACAGUUCAUGCCAAAGGACAUUGUGUUGCCUUUUGUGACACGGUGUUGUGUUCAUUUCUCAUAGUGAGACAAACACUAUGGAAAGUGGCACCUACCACUGGUUGUCUGGAUUAAUGUUAACCCUGAAUGUUAUUUUUACUUUGGCCAUGUCUAAAACUUGAAAAACAUAAACGUUGUAUUCCUAGUCUGUAUUUGCUGUUUUUACUUCACAGUUUUACCAUGGAAAGGGCAGAACGAUGUUAACGAAGUUUAACAGAUUAACUUUAACAACAGAGCAUUCAUUACUUUUUCCAUUAGUUGUCAGACUGUAGUAAAAAAAAAAGCCAAACAUUCCAUUUGCAAUAAACAGCCAAAAGGAAGACUAGAAUUAAUGUUUCAUUAUAACUUUGGUUAAAAUAACUGGUGUCGUUUGCAUACUUUUUAAAAUACCAGAAUUUCGGUCAAAA